AUGGCCGGCUUUCUUAGAAAAAGAAAUAGAAACCGGAAUAAAACGGUUCCGCCUCCUAAAAAAGGAAGCGGGAAGAUAAAAAGGGCCCAGUAUGAGCACUCAAGAAAGAAAGAAGUCGGUGUUUCGGAUCUCACUCUUCUUUCAACGAUCUCAGAUGAAUCUAUAAAUGAAAAUCUACAUAAGAGAUUUGAAAAUGGUAUCAUUUAUACAUAUAUUGGUCAGGUUUUAAUUUCCGUGAACCCCUUCAGAGAUUUGGGAAUUUACACUCAAGAAGUUAUCGAUUCAUAUAAGAAUACCAAUAGAUUAGAAGUUCCUCCUCAUGUGUACGCAAUUGCUGAGUCAAUGUAUCAUAAUAUGGUUGCAUACAGCGAAAGCCAAUGCGUUAUUAUUUCAGGUGAAUCUGGUGCCGGAAAAACGGAAGCUGCUAAACGUAUCAUGCAGUACAUUGCAAACAUUUCUGGUUCGAUGACUACAUCCGCUGAAAUUAAGCACAUCAAUGAUAUGGUCUUGGCAACAAAUCCGCUAUUGGAAUCAUUUGGAUGUGCAAAGACUCUUCGGAAUGAUAACUCUUCGCGACACGGAAAAUACCUUGAAAUUAACUUUAACAAGGCAUUCGAGCCUGUUUCAGCCAACAUUACGAACUAUUUGUUGGAGAAACAAAGGGUUGUUGGCCAGAUUCAGAAUGAGAGAAACUUCCAUAUCUUUUAUCAAUUCACUAAAGGUGCCAGUGAUAAAUAUAGACAAACGUAUGGUGUUCAACAACCAGAGCAAUAUUUAUACACAUCUGCAUCCGGAUGUACUAGUGUGGAUUCGAUUGAUGAUUUGGCCAAUUUCAACGAUACGUUGAAGGCCAUGGAUGUUAUUGGUAUUACCGACGAGGAAAGAGACCAAAUUUUCAGAAUUUUAGCAGGCAUUCUUUGGAUAGGAAAUAUCACGUUCACAGAAGACGAGGAAGGUAAUGCUGCUAUUGCUGACACUUCAGUCACAGACUUUGUGGCAUACCUUCUUCAGGUCGAUGCUCAAACCCUUUGCAAAUCUGUUGUUGAGCGUACAAUUCAAACAUUUCACGGAAUGAGACGUGGCUCCAUUUACCAUUCUCCAUUAAAUCCAGUUCAGGCAACGGCAUCACGUGAUGCUCUUGCCAAGGGUCUAUACACAAAUCUCUUUGAUUGGAUUGUUGACAGAGUGAAUCUCUCCUUUUCGAAUAUGAACUCGGCCACUUUUAAAUCCAUCGGAAUUUUGGAUAUUUAUGGCUUUGAGAUUUUUGAGCAUAACUCUUUUGAACAGCUGUGUAUUAACUAUGUGAACGAAAAGUUGCAGCAGAUUUUUAUUCAGCUUACAUUGAAAAGUGAACAGGAUGAAUAUGUUCGUGAAAAGAUUGCAUGGACACCCAUUAAAUACUUCAACAACAAAGUGGUGUGUGAUUUGAUCGAGGCAAAACGUCCCCCAGGUAUCUUUGCUGCGUUGGAUGAUGCCUGUGCUACUGCUCAUGCCGAUUCGGUGGCAGCAGAUCAGUCGUUUUCUCAGAGAUUGGGAAUGCUUGACAGUAAUCCGCAUUUCAGCUCUCGUGGCUCUAAGUUUAUCAUUAGACAUUAUGCUGGUGAUGUCACAUAUGACAUUAAGCACAUCACCGAUAAGAAUAAGGAUCAGCUUUUGAAUGAUUUGUUGGAAAUGAUUCAGACCUCACAGGAUCCGUUUGUCCACACUUUGUUCCCAAACAAGGUUGACGAGAACAACAAGAAGAGACCACCAACAGCCUCACAAAAGAUCAAGAAAAGUGCCAAUGAUUUGAUGACAACUUUAUCACGUGCUACCCCAUCAUAUAUACGUACAAUCAAACCGAAUGAUCAUAGAUCUGCCACGGAAUACGACGUUUCACAUGUCCUCCACCAGAUCAAGUAUUUGGGUUUGAAGGAAAAUGUCCGUAUCCGUCGUGCAGGUUUUGCAUACCGGCAGACGUUUGAAAAAUUCGUCGAGCGUUUUUACUUGCUUUCUUCCCAGACUUCAUAUGCUGGUGAAUAUAUCUAUCAGGGAGAUGCAAAAACGGCCACCGAGAUUAUUCUUAAAGAUGCGGGUUUUCCAGGUACUGAAUGGCAGCUUGGUGUCACGAAAGUAUUUAUUAAAAAACCGGAGACUUUGUUUGCUUUAGAGGACAAGAGGGAGAACUACUGGGCCAGCAAGGCAAAAAUUAUUCAAAGAGCCUGCAGGCGCUAUUUGAGGCGUCGUGAGAGGGCUGCACGUAUUGUGCAAAGAUUAUGGAGAGCUCGGAUUACUGGAGAAGCGGACAAAUAUAUUGCUCUAAGAGAUUAUGGUUCGAAGAUGCUUGGUGGCCGGAAACAGAGGCGGAGACUUAGUAUCCUCGGUUCAAGAUCAUAUUUAGGAGAUUACUUGGGUUGCAACGACCAAACAGGCGGCUUUGGAAAGUUUCUUAUGGAUGCCAUUGGAGCUUCCUACAAAAUUUCCUUCUCGGCUAGAGGCCAACAGCUUCACUCGAAGUUUGGCAGGUCUGCCGAACGGUUGCCUAAAAUAUUUUUGAUCACAUCAUCCGGGGAUUUUAUCAUCGUUGGGCAGCAGAUUAUCGAAGGGCAGGCGAAAUAUUCGAUAGAGGAGAAGAUUUCGGCCAACCAAAUUCCAAAAAUUUCGAUGUCCAGUUUUGCAGAUGAUUGGCUCGCGGUUAACUUGCGGUCAAGCACGAAACCCGAUUUAUUCAUCAACACGAUGUUCAAGACAGAGCUGGUUACCCGAUUGAAGAAGGCAAACUCAGCAUUGCAAAUCGAGAUCGGGCCUACUGUUUCAUAUGCCAGGAAGCCAGGGAAGAUGCGGACUAUCAAGUUCCGGAGCUCUUCAGAGGCCCCUGCUGAAGGUGACAUUUACAAAUCGUCGACGGUGACGGUUAGGCAAGGGCUCCCUGGAUCAAUGCAGUCGAAACCUAAACCAAAAGGUAGAAGUAUCAUUUCAAAUGCAGUUGCAAAGUACAAAUUGACGCUUGCAGCAACUGGUGCAGGCUCAGUAUUUCAGCGACAAGCACAUACACAAUCGGUAAGACAAGGCAUACAGCAACCUGUUAGAAGACCGGCUCAGCAACAGACGAGGCCAGCUCAGCAACCAGCUAUUCAGCAGUCGGUGAAUCGGCACGAGAGCCAGAGACAGCCUGUACAGCCAAGCCAGCCACAAAUUAAGAGUAGACCCGUUGUUAACAAGCGUUCGGCUCCUCCACCACCUCCUCCACUUCAACAGCAGAAACCAAAGUGGCCAACAUACAAGGCGGCUUAUGACUUUCCAGGCAGUGGUUCACCAUCAGAGCUUCCUGUUAUGAAAGACACAGUUAUAUACGUUCUCCAGGAUGCGGGUAAUGGGUGGUCACUUGGAAAGACGCUUGAUGAAUCGAAAGAGGGAUGGGUUCCAACUGCGUAUAUUGUGAAAUGUGAACCACCAAAGUCUAAGUCGAGACCGGCACCGCCACCACCUCCUUCGCUUUCCACUAAAAACAGAUCCCAGAAGUCUUUACAACAGGAUGCCCAAUUAAGCAAUGGAACUAAGCCAGCCAGCAAUGGGAAUGAUCUGGCCUCCGGGUUGGCAGCAGCCUUGAAGGAGAAGAAGGAGAGCGAAUCUACCAUGGCUAAUGAUCUUGCUGCGGCUAUUAGAAGAAAAGCUCGCAGGGAAAGUGAUGACGAAGAAGAAGAGGAAGAUGACGAUUGGUGA